AUGACGCGCAUAAACCUUCCAGAAGAUUUGCUAGUGGAAAUACUUUCUAAGGUUCCGGCAAUAACGUUGGCACGAUUUCGAACCACAUCCAAAGAAUGGAACACGUUGAUUAGAGAUGGAAGACUUGCGAAGAAGUAUUAUUCUAAUGCACCAAAGCAGUCUCUAGUUAUUUUGUUGAAUAAGUUCAGAGUUUGUUUAUCGAGUGUCAAUCUAUGUGGAGUUCACAACAACAUUGCUCCAUCUGUAAAGAUAACAAGUCAACUCAGGCUCAGAGAUCCUCUUUCUAGUUCUUCUGAAGAAGACGACAUACAAGACGUGUCUCACUGUGAAGGCUUAUUGCUAUGCACCACCAAAGACAAUAGACGAGUGGUUUGGAAUCCAUGUUCAGGGAAGACCAUGUGGAUCCAACCUAGAAAUUCCUAUAAGGAUUCUGACUAUUAUACUAUUGGUUAUGAUAAAAAGUCCUUUUGUUACAAAAUCUUGAGAAUGGAUACAUUUCACAUUGAGUAUGAAGUAUAUGACUUUACCUCUAAUUCGUGGAAGAAUAUUCAUGAAACUAGAGACUUGUCCAUUUCACAGAUGGGCAGUCAUGUGUCUGUGAAUGGAAAUACUUACUGUCUUGGUUUGAGUAAAGAAGAUCCAAGUGGGAUUAUCUUACUAUGUUUUGAUUUCUCAAUAAAGAGAUUAACUGUGUCUCUUCCAGAGGAUUCAAAAGGUCAUUUUAAUCACAGUGAUGUGGCUUUAUCAGUGACUAGAGAAGGGAAACAACUUUGUAUGUAA